AUGCCACCGGUGCCGGUGUCGAUGUCGCCGAUUAACUCGACGAGCUAUUUGCCGAAUUUGGAGGCCGAUUUUUGUAAGGAUUACUCGUGCUGUGGCCAGAUUCUGCCUACUUUGCACGAUUUGCUGCGCCAUUAUGAAGAGGCCCAUAUCUCGCCGUCGCCGCCUGUGGAACCGCCAGUGAUGCGUCGCAUGCAGAGUCUAGAGGCUGUGUCGACGAACGAGGUGUUUUUGUCGCCUGUUUCGAGUGCGACUGCUACGCCAAUGAUGAUGGAUGAGGACGACGAAAUGUGUAUUGACGACCCCGCUCGCCAUUUGUAUGUCAUGGAGAGGGGCGAGCACAAACCGUUUAAAUGUCCAGUUAUUGGCUGUGAAAAGACUUAUAAGAACCAGAACGGGUUGAAAUACCAUCGAAUGCACGGUCAUCAGAACCAGACGUUGCAUCUCAAUGAAGACGGAACUUACAGCAUUAUCGAUCCCACCUCGAAUACUCCAUAUCCAGAGGGAAUGGGUAUGGAGAAGGACAAGCCUUAUCGAUGCGAGGUGUGUGGCAAGCGAUAUAAGAACUUGAACGGACUGAAAUAUCACCGUGGCCACUCUACACAUUAA